GCUAGCGCCCUGCCUCCCUACAGUCAGGAGCGCCCAACUUUCCUACGGAGCACACGCUACGCGUCUGGACACCGCGGGGACUUUUCUUGUGUCGAGCGGGUUUUUUCCCCACGAGAUGUUGAUUGUGGUCGUGCGACGACAGCAUCCAAUCGACUCUCGGUCACGCACAAGGUUCAGUUAGGAACAUUUUCUCCCUUUUUAUUUUCGCGCAACUGUAAUUUUUCUCAUUGUGUUCACUGACAACUCCGGGGCCAAUAGACACGCAGUGCGCACAGGUACAAAGUGCCCCCACCCCACCCCACCUCCACCCCACUCCUGAACGGGGUCCGUCCAGAAAGCCGCGCCGGGAUUUUCUAUUGUUAUUACUGCUUUCAACUUGGAGAGAGAGAGAGUGAUCGAUCUGUUGGAAUUGGUUAGUUCAAUGACUUGCAAGGUUGGGUCUGAACUUAUAUCCGGAGACCCGUGAGAUUUAAAAAAAACAAACAAAAAAACCCAAAAAGCAGCCUUUGGAGCUACAGGAGGUUGGUCCACCAUGCAGCUGGACGGUCUGUGGACGGUCCACACCCUCCUGGCACUGUGCGGCUUGGCUUUUGGGAACCAAGUGAGCAAUGAGCCACUGGCCGCGCCCCGUGUCUUCAUCUCUUUUAAAGAACUGAGAUCCACUGGUACCGCUCAUCACUUCGCCUACCUCAUCAACACAUCUGACUAUCGGAUCCUUCGUAUGGAUGAGGACCAUGAUCGAAUGUAUGUUGGGAGCAAGGACCACAUCCUGUCCUUGGACCUCCAUGACAUCAACAAGAACCCACGUAUUAUCCACUGGCCAGUGCCUGAACAAAGAAGAAUGGAGUGCCUCGUGAGUGGGAAAGAUGCCAAUGAGGAGUGUGCGAACUUCAUUCGUCUAAUUGAGCCAUGGAACCGGACUCACCUGUACGUCUGUGGGACAGGAGCUUACAAUCCGGUCUGCACCUUUGUCAACCGCGGACGCAAACCUCAGACGUCCAUGUAUCUGCAGAUGGCCCAAGCCAGAGGAAGGGCUAGCCGCGCAGCUGAACCCAGCGCGGUGCACGAGACGCUCGGACUCAAGGAAGAAAUCUUCCAUUUGGAGCCGGGCAAAGUAGAAUCUGGGAAAGGAAAGUGCUCCUAUGACCCGAAGCUCAACAGCGUGUCAGCUUUGAUCAAUGGAGAACUGUACGCUGGGGUCUAUGUUGACUUUAUGGGAACAGACUCUGCCAUUUUCCGUACUUUGGGGACAAAGACUGCCAUGCGAACAGAUCAGUACAACUCCAGAUGGCUGAACGACCCCACUUUUGUCCACAUACACCUCAUCCCAGAUAGUGCCGAGAGAAAUGAUGACAAGCUGUAUUUCUUCUUCCGAGAGAAGUCCUCUGAGAUGGGCCAGACUCCUGUGACCCAGUCCCGUAUCGGACGUAUCUGCCUGAAUGACGACGGAGGUCAUUGCUGUCUGGUCAACAAGUGGAGCACCUUCCUGAAGGCCAGGCUCAUCUGCUCUGUGCCCGGGGCCGAUGGCAUGGAGACACACUUCGACGAGCUCAGAGAUGUUUACAUACAACCAACACAGGAUAUAAAAAAUCCUGUCAUAUAUGGAGUCUUCUCUGUCUCUGGCUCUGUGUUCAAAGGCUCGGCGGUUUGUGUGUACUCUAUGGCUGACAUCCGGAUGGUCUUCAAUGGCCCCUUUGCCCACAAGGAGGGACCUAAUUACCAGUGGGUGGCCUACACCGGGAAGAUACCCUACCCUCGACCCGGCACGUGCCCCGGAGGUACGUUCACCCCCAACAUGAAGUCCACUAAGGACUAUCCAGAUGAAGUGAUUAACUUUAUGAGGAAUCACCCUGCCAUGCACAACGCAGUGUACCCAGUGCACAAGCGCCCCCUGGUGGUUCGGACCAACGUGGACUAUGAAUUCACCACCAUUACAGUGGACCAGGUGACAGCUGCAGACGGCAACUAUGAAGUGCUCUUCUUAGGAACUGACAAGGGAACGGUACAGAAAGUCAUUGUGCUGCCUAGAGAUGACCUUCAGACAGAGGAGCUGGUCCUGGAGGAAGUCGAGGUGUUCAAGGUCCCCACUCCUAUAACUACAAUGAAGAUCUCGUCCAAAAGGCAACAGCUGUAUGUGUCAUCUGCAGUGGGGCUGACCCAGUUGGCUCUGCAUCGCUGUGACAUGUACGGCGAGGCCUGCGCUGACUGCUGUCUGGCCAGAGAUCCUUACUGCGCCUGGGAUGGCAAGUCCUGCUCCCGUUACUCCGCCUCACAGAAAAGGCAAUACUGGUCUGACCCAUUUAGACGUAGCCGGAGGCAGGAUGUCAAGUACGGGAACCCCAUCCGCCAGUGCAGAGGCUUCAAUUCCAAGGCCAGUAAGAACACUUUGGAGAUGGUGCAGUAUGGGGUGGAGGGGAGCAGUACCUUCCUGGAGUGUCAGGCCCGCUCUCCACACGCUCUCAUCAAAUGGCACGUGCAGAGGGAUAACAGUGACCGCAGGAAAGAGAUGCGCUCAGACGGUCGGAUUUUGAAGACAGAACAAGGUCUGCUCGUGCGAUCUCUGCAGCCCUCUGACUCUGGCUUGUACCAAUGCACGGCCACAGAAAAGAAUUUCAAACACACGCUGAUCAAGCUGCAGUUGGUGGUGUUGUCAAGCCGGGCUGUCAACAAUGCACUGGUGGAGGGCGGUGCAGGUUUGAUGGCAUCUUCUUUCCACUCCGGCAGCACGCAGUGGACCCCCAGCGCAGGCCAGUACAAGGACCUGCUGACCAUCCUGAGCCAGCCAGAGAUGAGCCUGAUUAAUCAGUACUGCCAGGACUACUGGCAGUUUGGUGACCCGCUGCUGGGCCCCCUUAAGGCCAAAGACCUGAAAGAGCUCAAGGAGCAGAAGAAGCCCCGCAACCGCCGACAUCACAGGGACGGGGAGGAGGAAAGGGAGCAGCAGGGAGUAGAGACAUGAGGAGCCCGACUUUGUGUCUGAAGCACCCCCCUCAAACCCACCCCCAAACACAACCUUCCCCCACUCCAUGAAAACUGGGAGCGACUCAAUGAAAGUAGCAGCGUGAAAAAAAAAAUCCACAAACCGGAAAAAAAAAAGCUGAGAAACUGAAAAAAGGCUUACGAGUAAACCCCACUACACCCAAUACAUCCAUUCAAACAGUAAGAUAUAUGAUACACAGUAUUUAUUGUAGGUUGUAUAUAGUAUCAUUCUGUGGAUUUCUUUGUACUUACAGAAAAAAAACAUGCUCUUUGUGUAUAGGUACCUUUGGGGCAAAUAUUGUUAUUAUUGAUAUUGUUAAUUUUAUUGUUGCUGUUACUGUCAUUACAAAACUCAUCUGCCAGCAUCGUAUGACUUUGGCAACUCUUUGAAACGUGUUAUGAGGCUCGUAAGCUGUUAGGGUAGAGCUACAGGCAGCUCUGAGUAACGGGGAAUUGAGCUACCUGACGGGAGGUGACGGGAUCUCUGUUGUUUUUUUGGUUUUUUUUGCUUGGUUUGACUCAGUACCGGGAGUUUUGUAUUUGCGGACACUGCAGGAACACCUGUGAUGCACGCUCCCUGUGGCUGCACGCAGACAGAGACUUCAAAUUGCAAGGGGACCACUGACUUAUGGUCCCGGUCAUUGUGGAGAAACAGUAUUUUCUCCAUAGGAACCCAGACUUACAGAAGACUACUCGAAUAUUAUCAAAGUUGUAAUUGGGUCAUUUUACAGGAAUCUUGUGCUUGCCCUUUGUUUUUGUUUUUUUCUUCUAUUUUCUUCUUGGAGGACGGAUUGUAAAAUAUGUGCAGCACCACUGCUACACGCCAGCACAGACACUGAUCAUGCUGAAAAUGAUUUUCAUUUGUUUAGCAGUGAUAACAAUCUUACUGUACUCUACUCUCAGUAACCUGCAGUUUCUUCUGGCAAUGAAUCCAAGUUUUUUUUUUUUAAGUAAACAAAGCAAAAAUCAGAUCAGUUAUGUUGGAAAUCUAUUAAUAAAAAUACUUUUUCUUCCCGAUGCAAACCUCCUUUGAACUGAGACCGAGGUGCAAUACGGGGUUGAGGAUUUUGCACAUUGGGCAUUAUUCUUUUACAUUUCAGGGGACAUUGGCUGGGGCCAUAUGCAACAAGCACACUCGGGCAUGGCACAAUUGUGGAAGAAACAAUUGCAGUGCGUGAUGAGGAAAGUGCCCGGAUCAGGCAGCAGUUGUUAGCAGUUCUUGGCACACAAGACAUCUUUUUUUUUCUUUUUUCUCUUUGACAUUCAUGUGUGGAAAAAAAAGUAAUCGCCCGUAUACACAACAGAGCAUUGUAACAAUGUUGUGACACUAACCAAAAUAUUGAAUAUUGGGAAGCUGGCUUUCAUUGUGUGCAUGAACCUGUAUUUGUACUGUAAUUCUGAGAUAAUAAGAUAGUGUGUGGUUGUUUUGGUUUUUUUCUUCUGUUUUUUUUUCCAUCUCUGUGGGUGUACAGUGCAGUCUGACCAACGUAACUACAGCAAAAUGGGGAAAAUAAAUGCUUUAAAGAUGCUGUCAUUUCAGAUAUUCCCUGUAAAAAGCACGAUACAUCUUUUUAUUGACAUCGUUAUAGAUCUUGUCAAAGUGUAAAGUAAAAUUAUGUUGCUCAUAAGUUUGGAUAGGGUAUAUGUGUGAGAGUCAUUUAAAUGGGAAUAGAAAGCAAGCGUCAUAUUAAUUACACAGAGCCUCUAUUAGACAGUUCUGGUAAAAACGUUGAUACAGCACAUCUACAGGAAGUAAAACUAUUGGAGUCUCCUCUGUAAAAAAAAAAAAAAUGUCCAAAAGAAUUGGAACAAGUUUAAGAUAUAUUAUUUUCAUAUUACUUUAACAUUAAGGGGCUUCUGAUAUAUCUUCUUUUUAGGCAGUGUGAAAGUCAGUGUGGAUGCCUCGGGGAAGAUGCAUCUAUAAUUCAUACAUGGGUAACCGUAUCUGCUCCUUAAUUUGGGAUCUGUCUGUAUUCCCAGGAAUCAAUCAAAGCUCCUGAUCGUCUUGUUUAAAUGAGAUCGGGGCCUGAAGACGAAAUAUGAAAAAAAUGCAAAGAAAGGUUGUACAAUUUUUGUUGAGUAUUUCUGUUUUUUUUAAAGUGUCUUUAGUUUUUGAGUGUUUUGUUUGUUUUGUAUGUUUUUUCUUUCUGCAUCAUCCAGACUUUAUGAAAAAAAUAAGCAAAAAAAAGAAAAUGCACAAAGGUGAUGUUAUUGUAAUGACUCGUGUAAAUUACUCUUAUCCUCCCUUUCCAUUGUUGUUGCUGACUAAUAAAUUAAAGCUCUAUAUUUUAUAAGAAUGGAAUGCUCCCCCCCUUCAUUGUGAUUCGCUUGAUGCUGAAUGUUUUCCAUGUUCUGCCUAGAACCCUCUGGAUCCUUGGAAUAAAGUUGUACCUGUAAAAGA